UGAGAAUAAAAACUAUGUGGACGAUUACUGCUUGGGUAAACUACUGCAAGCCAUGUGUUAUCGCUGUCUGAACAAGAAAAACGAAGCUAUGGAAUGUUUGAGAAACUCUUUCAAUCGAUCAAAGGACUUGAAAAAGGAUUUCUACCUCGCUCCUUACACAUGCGCAGAGAUUGGGUUCUUGUAUCAGGACGAAGGCGACCUGGAUCGAGCUAAAGAAUACUUGGAACGGGCGAGGAAACAUCGAGAUCACAUGCUACAAAGUCUGCUUCACUUAAGAAUUCACGCAGCUCUUCAGGAGAUCGAACACAAUGGCAUGGGUAGGGACAGAUCACCAGUAUUACAUGAAAAAGAAUUCGUCCAGAAUGCACAGAACAAGCAAGGAACCGAGAGUAACGAAGACACCGCAGCCUCGGCUAACGACGAUGAUUUCUUCGAUGCCGAAGAAGACUGUGUACCAAACUUGUCUCGCCAAGAUUCCAAUUCUUCGUUUGAUAUAAUAUCUGACUUUGCUGAUGAAGUUUAGCGCGACACGGGAAAGGGCCUGCAAUAGGAAAAAAAUCCCGUGUAAGUUUUUAAUGGCUGCCUCACCGGGUUUUCUGUAUUUAAAUAUAACACAGCUAUUACAAGGGGUGAUAUUAUCCAAAAUUUAAAAUAUGUAUUUUAUGUAAAAUAAUUACACACGCCCCCCCUCCCCUGUCCCUUUUUUCACCGGUGACUGCCUUUUAUGUAAAGCGUACAUGAUACAUUUAUUUUUCCAAUGUAUAUUUUAAAACGUAAGCUAUUGUAAUAUUUUUGAAAGAACUAUUAGUCACCUGCUGUAUUUUAUGCACGCGUAAAUAUUCUCUAACUAUAACUUGCUACAGGCAGGCCACACAACUAUAUAUAAUUGUAUACCACUUAUUACCACUUAAGUUAUUUUCUAAGAAAUAAAACGCAGUGUUAAGAUG